UUCGUUAGGAAGUCAUCAAAUUAGCAUUUUAUGCCAAUAUUGCUUCCAUUUCCGUUUCCGCUCUCUCUAUUUCUGGUUAUGGUUUAGGGACUGUUUUUGUGCAUUUAUAAUUUUUUCUGGUUAGGGACUGUUUUUGCAUAUGGGCAAACUAGUAGUGGAAAAACGCAUACGAUGUGUGGAUCAAAGUCGGAGUCCAGAGUUAUCCCCUUAGCUAUCCACGAUCUCUUUGCAUUAUACAACAUGUAGUUGUUCUAGCUUUACCCACCUUUUGGCUUCUUUGUUGCAUAAUUAUGUGAACAAUUAUGCAGUUUGUUCCCUCUGGUGCAUUUGGUUCUUAGAGGUUUGUUUGUUAUUGUAGGUUGUGUAGUCCUAAUACAUGGUUUUCAUCUUUCUCCUAAAAAGGAAAUGGAUAGAGAGUUUCUUUUGCGUAUAUCAUACUUGGAAAUUUACAACGAGGAGAUAAAUGACUUGUUAGCCCCUGAACAUAGAAGACUUCAGAUUCAUGAGAGUUGAAAUUGAGGUAGAAAUGUAAUUUUGCUUUACAUAUCUUAAUGUUAGUAACAUAUUAAUGAGGAGAGCACUAUGUGUGUAUGCAACAAUUCAUCUUUUGAAAAUGAAGCGAGGCAUCUUUGUUGCGGUUUAAGAGAAGAAAUUGUGGCUUCUGCCGAGCAAAUCCUUGAACUUAUGGAGUUCGGAGAAUCUAAAAAAGGAAGGAAGAAGGAAUGAAUAUGAGAUGCAUAAGCUAUUGGCACUAAACCAGAGGCAAAAGCUGGUUUUGCAACGAAAAACUGAAGAGGCUGCAAAUGCUACAAAGCGUCUUAAAGAGUUGCUAGAUUCUCGGAAAGCUUCAUCACGUGAAACAUCUGGUGUAGGAAGUAACAAAGAUCCUGGAAUCCCGGUAUUAGUGCAGGCUAUUGAACACGAACUUGAGGUAACUAUUGGAGUGCAUGAGGUGCGGUCAGAGUAUGAGCGGCAAAUGAAAGAGAGGGCUCGAAUGGCUGAAGAGCUUGCAAGGCUGAAAGAAGAAGCAUUGAUUGAGAAGCAGCAGAACUUCUGUGAGUUCCUAGAAGCAAUGUCUCCUGGUGCUAGGAUUUUUGCCCUUGAGAAUAUGCUUGCUACCUCUUCAAGCACCCUUGUUUCCAUGGCAUCUCAACUAUCAGAAGCUGAGGAGCGUGAGGAAGGUGGAACCAAGUUCGGUCUCUUGCUGAAGCAAAUAAUGUUAUUGUUGAAAUUAGUAAACUCAAUUACUUCACAAUUAAGGAAUAUUAAAGUAUUGGAAGCUUGGUGAACAUUGUGGAGAAAUCAAGAAAAUAUGAGAUUAUGAUGAAGUGGCCGGAGGAUUCUAGAAGAUUAAAAGUUGUUGUGCAACUUGUAUUAUUAAGUUAUUAGAAUUAUCUAGUAUAGUCUAAAAAUAGGAAUUAGAAAUAUUAAAUUAGAAUACUAGAAUUUUCUAGUUUGGUGUAACCGACUUAGAUUGCCUAUAAAUAGGCAUUAGGUGUUUAGUAGUAGUACGUACACAAUUAAUCAAGUAAGAAUUGUGAGUGAGAUAGAGAAAGAGCCGUAGCUCAAAGUAAGAAAGAGAGAAGAAAGCUUUGAAGUGUUGAAGCACUAUUUGUUUGAGUGUAUUUUGUAAUCCUUUUGUGAAAAGCAUAUUAAUACUUAUCCUCCAUAUUUCAUUCUUAUUGAGUGUUCCUAUAUUUUGUGUGUCAAAUAUCCAACAGUUAUGAACUUCCUUUUUAACUUGGCAUCAUG